AUGUCUUACGGUAAUGGUGAAACUGGUGGGCAUCCUAUGUAUAACCUCUGCAGUAGAGUUCAGUGUCCCGAACCCCAAGUGGGGAGCCUGAAUGGACACAGAAAGUCUGAAACCCUGUUGGAAGUGCAAACUGACUUAAGCAAUAUGCAUUACUCUGCUGUGGCACUUGAACCUGAUUCUUUAGUAACUAAUGGAUCAAGAAUUCCCCCAAACUCCGAAGAAAAAAAUUCACAGGAUGCUGCUUUCCAGAUAAACAGCGAAUCCAUUACAGGGAGUGAGGUACGCCGUGCCUAUGCUGCUAAAUGCUUUUACGGCCCAUACUUAACCAAAACUAGUAUGCAGGGAGAUGUGUACAAUUUUCUGGAACGGCCUAGUGGAUGGAAGUGCUUCAUUUACCACUUUACAGUAUUUCUAUUGGUGCUGGUUUGCUUAAUUUUCAGUGUUCUGUCCACUAUAGAACACUACUCUGAAUUUGCCACUGGAACACUCUUUUGGAUGGAGAUCGUCUUGGUGGUGUUUUUUGGUGCUGAAUAUGUGGUGAGACUCUGGUCUGCAGGUUGCAGGAGCAAAUAUGUUGGUAUUAAGGGAAGAAUACGUUUUGCUAGGAAGCCUAUAUCAAUAAUAGAUCUCAUUGUUGUGAUAGCUUCAAUUAUUGUUCUGAGUGUGGGAUCAAAUGGGCAGGUGUUUGCCACAUCUGCGAUAAGGGGAAUCCGGUUUCUACAGAUACUCCGCAUGCUCCAUGUAGAUCGACAGGGUGGCACCUGGAGGCUCUUGGGAUCUGUCGUAUUCAUACAUCGUCAGGAACUAAUAACCACACUAUAUAUUGGAUUCUUGGGACUGAUCUUCUCGUCAUAUUUUGUCUACCUCGCUGAGAAAGAUGCUGUGGAUGAGGAAGGACAAACAGGAUUCUCCAGCUAUGCUGAUGCUUUAUGGUGGGGAGUGGUAACAGUCACAACUAUUGGCUAUGGUGAUAAGGUGCCACAGACAUGGAUUGGCAAGACAAUAGCAUCAUGUUUCUCUGUAUUUGCCAUCUCUUUCUUUGCUCUUCCAGCGGGGAUCCUGGGUUCUGGUUUUGCACUAAAGGUACAACAGAAACAACGUCAAAAGCAUUUCAACAGGCAGAUUCCUGCAGCAGCAUCUCUAAUUCAGACUCUGUGGAGGUGUUAUGCAGCAGAGAAAUCAUAUAGCUCCACAGCAACAUGGAAGAUCUAUGUUACACCAACUAAAAAUGCAAAGAAAACACCAGCACCACCUAGCCCUAUUCUUAGGAAACAGAGUAGAAAAUAUAAGAGGAAAGGAAAACCUGGGCGUGAUAAUGGUUCCACACCUAUAAUAAACUCGGGGGAGGCAGCUUUGUCCAUUCCACAAAUUACUUAUGACCACAUUGGUGAAAGAGAAGACAAGAAAGAGAUGAGUUUCUACUUUGAUGAACCUGGAGGCCGACAGCUUUCCUGGUCAUCUUUCUCUAUCUGUGCUGCAACUUGUCCUGCUGCACAAGCUGGUCCUGUAAAAAAGCGUUUGGAAGGGAAUAGCGGUGAAAUGUCAAGAGCCAACAGUUUCACUGAAGACAUGGACCUCAUUUCUGAAGAGGCAGCGCUGCCUGCUGUGUCUGAUGUGUCACAGCUAACAGAAGCUCACCAAACAGCUGUCAAAGUCAUAAGGAGAAUGCAGUAUUUUGUUGCCCGGAAGAAAUUCCAGCAAGCUCGGAAGCCCUAUGACGUGCGUGAUGUAAUAGAACAAUAUUCUCAAGGGCACCUUAAUAUGAUGGUUCGGAUAAAAGAACUUCAGAGAAGGCUGGAUCAUUCCCUAGGAAAGCCUGGACUUUUUCUUCCAGAAAAGGGGGUAGACAAAGGAUACUAUACUGUAGGAGCCAGACUGAUCCGGCUGGAGGAUAAGGUCACACAGAUCGAUCAAAAGCUGGAUGACAUCCUGAAUGCUCUACAGACUCAAUUUGGCAAGAAGUCACCAGAUCGAACAUCAGCUUCAGUCACUUCAAGGGCUAGGCGGUUACGAUCAUCAUCAGAUUCUCCCCCAAUGAGCCGUAAGAUGUGAACACAGUAGAACAAUAUUGCACCGUCUUCUUGCUCUUUUCUAGGUAUAGUUAAUAUUGAGAUCCAGAUUUGCCACUGAUUAAUGAAAUGUAUGAGCGCAGGGAGUGAGAUGAGGCAAAUCUCCACCUCCACCUCCUUGUAAGCAUGAUGCCUUCAUACUUGCUUUAUUCACAUCAUCAGAUGGAAUCAACAGACUGUAGCAACACUCAGUAGGACCAGAGACAUGAAACAUGUGCAUGAGCUUGGAGACUUCAAUCAAGUAGUAACUUCAGUCAGCCCAGUAUAUUAGGAUAGAUUCAUGUUGCUGCCUGAUCUCUAGGCAAGAAGAUGACAUGGCUCAAGUCUUCUCUGUAAACACCAUCUUCUUAUCUAGAUAGCUUUCCUCUUAAUUGUAUGUUACAUGUGUGAAGUCUGUCAUUACUCAUUGGUGAGGGAAAGGCACUCUGAAUCUGCUCAAAGGUAUUUCCAUCUGUUCUCAUAUGUUUCAGGAUUAGACUUGGCAGUUGAAAACAGAUGUUAGAGCUAAGUCCUGACACAGAGUCCUGGAUUCACAUACAUUGUUUUCUAGACAAAGGUAACUUGUGUACAGUUAUCAAGCAAAGGAAAUUAAUGUGGAUCUUAAACUGAUUAACACAAUAUCCAGCCACAGGUCAUUGGGAAGUUUUGAUUUUUAUGGCUUUCACACAAUGUGUUGAACUAUUCACAGAAGCAGAGUCCAUAUAAGAUUCCAAACAUGGUACAACUACAGAAAACUCUAUCUGAGUAAGAAAGAAGUUGUGUAAAUCUCUUUCUAGUCUUUGUAGAUAAGGCCCCAUCUAUCUACAAUGUUCUGGAGUGCUCAAGGCCUUGUUGAAAUGAAUAUUUUCCAUUAUCUUCAUUAUAGGACCAUAACCUAUCUAUAUAAUUCUCUUAAAUGUACCUGUCGCUAAUCCCAUGCAUGGCAGCUCUCACAAGAGUUUGCGAGCAGCUGCUGAUAGUGACGGGGAUGAGUGAGAGGAAGAAUAUGGAGGCAGUGGUGGCAGCCAAAGAAAACCACCGGCUGAAGAAAACCACGGAAGGGAGGGGGCCACGACCGGUGGGUGACCGGCCAUGACCGGCAGCUGGAUACGGCCAUAAAAUGGUGGCGGGGUGGGCGGAGGAAUGAAGAAGAUGGAGGCAGGCAGGGAAGAGGAAGAAGGCAGUUGUGGGUGGGCGGGGGAAGAAGGCAGUUCCGGGUGGGUGGGGGGAGUAGAAGGCAGCUCCGAGCAGGGGAAGAAGAAAGCAGCUGUGGGCGGGCAGGGCAGAAGGCAGCGGCUCAGCCUCCAGGUGGGUGGCUGAAGAAGGCAGCGGCAGGCCAGCAAACUAGAGGCUCAGAUGCUCUGUGCCCAGCCCAGCUAGUAUAUUAGAAAUUCCUCUUUUCUACAUGGAGGUAAACUGGAGAAUCCCUCAUAUGAAGAUUUCUACUAGUGCUGAUUUUAAAGUUCUCAUCCAGAACUUCCAGCUUAGAAAUUGAGGUGGCAAUUUCAAGAGAUGCUCUGAGAAAUUUUGAGAAGGUUUCAGGGGUGCUUACCCUGAUUGGCAGUGAGGCAGCAAAAAUAAGGGGUGUGUGUUGAGUCUGUUGAAGUUUCUGUCUUUUGGCCAGAUUAUUAACAGUCCAACCAUUGUCUAUGUCAGAGAGGCAAAAUAUGCUGUACUUAGUGGAGUCUUCUGGCCACUGCAUAGUUCCACAAGGGAGUUAAAGAAACUCUGCUAACAGGGCUGUCCUGUGUGGGGAGCUGAGCCGCGAGCAAAUGUGUGUGCAGGGCCCCACCAUGUCCCUCAUAAGAGAUGGGGAAUUGGCCACCUUGGGGAAGGGCCAGAUGCUGGGCUCUGGAUGGUGUGGGGCUCAGGGCAGUCGCCCCGAUUUACCCUACUAAAGAACGGCCCUGUCUGCUAAUAUCAGGAAAAAAUGUUUGCAAUAAUAUGUCUGGAUAAGAUGUUUGCAAUAGUAUGCAAUGUGAACUUUGAGUGAGAACAUCUUUAUCACUAUCAGCUGUACUGAUUCUUGCUGAAAAUGUCCCAUUCAUUCAGAAGAGAGACUAAGGAUGCUUGUUUACAUUUUUGCUAUUAUUUUGGCCUUCUGUAUUCUGGCAUCACAUGCAAUUUUUGCAAGACGGAUCCAAAUCAUGGUCGUACUUCACAUGCAUAUUGCUAUCAACAAAUGUGUAUGUCAUUUCCCAUGCAAAAGCAUAGACCUAAUUAUUGUUGCACAUUGCAUGUGUGCACCAUAUUUCCCAUUUGAACGCACUGAGCUGUUUGAAUCAUUGUUUCAUAUUGCAUUCACGGCUAUUUAAAACAACUGCACAUCAUGUUCCCUAUUUAAAAGCAGUCAGCAGUUUAAUUUAUAUCUGAAUGGAUCUGAACUGUUGUGCAUUGCAUGUGUAUUAUCAGCCACAACUGUGAAUCACAUUCCACAUUCCAAAGUUCAGACAACGGUACAGAUAUGAAUCAUUUUUAUGCAUUGCAAACACAUUUAGCCUAAUUUGUGCAUCAUGUUUUCCAUUCAGAAUCACAUUUGGCAGCAUAAAUUAAUGCUGGUCUGGGUCAUGUUGCAUAUUCCAUGUGAAGUUGGCUUGCUUGCAACUUGUGUAAUGAAGUCAUCACUUUUUCACACUUUCAACAAUAAUAUUUUCAAACACUAAAAACACAAGAGCAAUUAUUGUUGUGGCUUCUGGAGUGGCAGCGGAGGAGGGGAGCAUAGCUCAAACAUAAAACACAUGCUUUGGAUACAUCAGGUGCCAGGCUGAGGCCUCGGCAUUUUCUGUUGACAUGAUUUCAGGUUACUAGGUCUGGGAAAAUCUUUAAAAGCUGCUGCCAGCCAGAGUCGAUAAUAGAUCCAGAAGAACUCAGAACAUUUUUCUGAGCCAUUUUUCUUAGCAAAACGCCCAUACCGCAUCCUCACUAUCCCUGGCCAUCCCCAAAAGCCCUUCCCACCAGCUCUGUGAAACACAAGCUCAAAUGAAAGUUGACUUUUAAGCAUCCCAAAUUCAUCUCCAGCUUGGAUUUUGAUCCAAGCUGGAGAAAAGCUCCUGUCUCUCUCCAUCCCCAAAAGUUCUCCCCACCACACCAAUCCCCCAACUCCAAAACAAUGCAUUCCUUUCUUCCUUCUAACAGGGGCAGUGGCAGCAUCAGUGGUGGUGGUGUGAAGAGAGGAUGUGUGUCCCCUUCCUCUUUUCCUCUGUCACCCUAAUACAUAGAUAGCCAGGCAAAGCCCAGGAGUCUCCCCAAAGUUACUGCAGUUGCAUGACAGAGAAGUACAGUAAAGGGAAGAAAAUACUAGACCUCCAGUGCUGCUACUCACCUUCCCUGCUUCUUGUUUAUCCCCCUUCAUUUCACAAGAAUAAGUUUUAGGAAAGGGGGGACUUGCAGUCAGGAGGGGGCAUGUGCUGGCGAAUCCAUUGCAGCCCAGGCUCGAAAUUCAGAGAGGAUUUAGGCUUCGCACAUAAUGGCUAAGGGUUUUCUGACACACACACCCAAAUUCCAAAAUUUUGCACCAUCACUAGCUGACUCCAGUUGCCAUACUGUAAAUGUAGAGAACCUGUAUAUAAUAAUAGCAUGUGUAAAUCCAUGUGGAUCGGGUCUUGUUGCUUAACUCUCCCUCAUCUGCAGCAGCACUGCUAUAGAUUGCAGUCAACAAUAUUUUUAUUUUUGUAAAUGGAUAUGCAAUAGAUAGGCACUCGUUGCUAUUUAAAUUAACCAAUACUGUACAUAUGGUAAAUUGUUUUUAAUUUCAUUUUGAUUGUACGUUGAAUAUGUAUAUGCUGACUGAAGUGCUGUUUCCUUGAAAUGACCAUGAUCUGUACGAUUGCCUAUACAACAAAAUAUAUCUUGUCUUGCACUUCAGAAAAAUAUUUAAAUGCACCAAUAUUGAUAAAUAUGUAAAUAGCAUAUCUCAAUUAAAAACAACUUCCUGCUUAUUAAAGCCUCUUUAGAAAUUUC